CUCCAACAAACUGAGAACCGAACAAACCCGAUAAACCGGAUGCUAUUUUGUCGGGUCAGUGCUUUGCUCCUCCGCCAUUUCUGUCUCCCUCUCAAGAACAAUGCCCGUCAAAUGGGUUUUGUAUUGGCAACCUAAUCAAGGAUCCACAGUGAGCAGCCAAAUCCUCAACGAAGCUACACAGUGCGUAGAGAGCAUCAAUGGCGUCAAAGAAGGAAGAUGGAAAGCCACUCUCAACUAUUACAAACCCAUGGUACGAGACCAGGCGAAUCAAGCGGAUUUCCCGCGCGAUUUUCUAGGGAUUUCGCUAGCGGAUCAGCCGAGUAAGUACUAUUUCAUCAUCAGGUCGCAGAGGAUCGUCCUGGAAGCAGAUUCGUCGAUUCAAUUGAUAAUGGAGAAGCUUCAGUCUUACAAAUCGAAAGUCGCUCUUUACUUUGAAGGGUUUCAGUAUCAGCUUGGUGAUUUUCGUCUGAGAGUUGGUAAAGUUGUUCCUACUCAUUCCGAGAAUGUUAGAGGAAUAGUUAUGGAGGUGGAGUAUCUUCCUAUAUCAUCAAUGGAAAAGGCAAGAAAAGUGAUGGAGGAGUUCUUGGAGAUAUGGCAUGAAGCUUUGUCUAAAAGGUCGUUGCCUGGUAAGUUUGUCAACAUAGAGCUUAACUUCGGAGAGUUUGGACUUGCAGACACCUUCACUCCUCAGCACACAGCUGUUCGAUAUGCUCUCGUCAUGGCUCACAUGAUUGCAACGGUUCAAGCUGUGAGAGGCUAACACAUCAUUCCCAUUAAUUUGAGCUUUCUUCUUAGGUAAAAUUCAGAGUAUUGUGGUUUAUGGUUGAAUUUUGAAUCUUCCGACAUUAUUUUUGGAUGCAUGUUGUGUAACUCAUUCGUAUAUUGCUGAUUAAAAUAAAUUCAUAU